CAUAGAAGAGACCACCCCAGGAUCCCAGAUGAACAACCGGCGGGAAGAUAUGGAAAUCGCGUCCCACUACCGGCAUCUGCUCCACGAGCUCAACGAGCAGAGGCAGCACGGCGUCCUGUGCGACGUGUGCGUGGUGGUCGAGGGCAAGGUCUUCAAGGCCCACAAGAACGUCCUGCUCGGCAGCAGCCGCUACUUUAAGACGCUCUACUGCCAGGUGCAGAAGGCAUCUGACCAGGCCACGGUCACGCACCUGGACAUCGUCACAGCCCAGGGCUUCAAGGCCAUCAUCGACUUCAUGUACUCCGCCCACCUGGCCCUCACCAGCAGGAACGUCAUCGAGGUGAUGUCCGCGGCCAGCUUCCUGCAGAUGACGGACAUCGUGCAGGCCUGCCACGACUUCAUCAAGGCCGCGCUGGACAUCAGCAUCAAGCCGGACGCCUCGGACGAGCUCUCGGAGUUCGAGGUGGGCGCCCCACCCAGCAGUGGCGCGGACGCCCUCAUCUCCGCCGUCAUGGCCGGGAGGAGCAUCUCCCCGUGGCUGGCCCGCCGCACGAGCCCCGCCAACUCUUCUGGGGACUCGGCCAUCGCCAGCUGCCACGAGGGCGGGAGCAGCUGCGGGAAGGAGGACCAGGAGCCCAAGGCCGACGGCCCCGCGGACCUGUCCUCCCAGCCGCUGUGGCCUGGCGACGCGGGCUACGGGCCUCUGCACAUCAAGGAGGAGCGGCUCUCACCGGCUCACUACGGGGGCAGCGAGCCGCCGUCCGCUGGGGAUGGGGCCGCUCAGAACUCCUUCUCAGAGCAGGCGGCAGGGGACGGCUGGCAGCCCACGGGCCGGAGAAAGAAUCGCAAAAACAAAGACACGGUCCGGCACAUCACGCAGCAGGUGGAGGACGACAGCCGGGCCGGCUCCCCGCUGCCAUCUUUCCUCCCGACGUCCGGGUGGCCCUUCAGCAGCCGAGACUCAAACGCGGACUUGACCGUCGCUGAAGCCAGCAGCUCGGACAGCCGCGGGGAGAGGCCCGAGCUCUACGCGCAUGUGGACGAGGGGCUCCUGGGAGGAGAAGGCAGCUACCUGGGAGCCCCCCUCACCCCAGAGAAGGACGACGCGCUGCACCAGGCCACCGCGGUGGCCAACCUGCGGGCGGCGCUUAUGAGUAAGAACAGCCUGCUGGCCCUCAAGGCCGACGUGCUGGCGGAUGACAGCUCCCUGCUGCUGGAGUACCUGCCCAAGGGCACCCACUCCCUGUCCUUGAACGAGUUCACGGUCCUCCGAAAGAAGUUCCGCUGCCCCCACUGCAGCUUCGCGGCCAUGCACCAGUGCAUCCUCAAGAGACACAUGCGCUCCCACACGGGCGAGCGGCCCUACCCCUGCGACAUCUGCGGCAAGAAGUUCACGCGGCGCGAGCACAUGAAACGGCACACGCUGGUGCACAGCAAGGACAAGAAAUACGUGUGCAAGCUGUGUAGCCGCGUGUUCAUGUCGGCCGCCAGCGUGGGCAUCAAGCACGGCUCGCGGCGCCACGGCGUGUGUGCCGACUGCGCGGGUGGGGGCGGGGCCGGGCCCCUGGACGGCGGCGGCGCCGAGGGCUCCCCUGAGCUGUUUGCGGGCGACGGGCCGUACCUGGAGGACCCCGAGGACCCCCGCGGCGAGGGAGAAGAGCUGGGCGAGGACGAGGACGACGCGGGCCUGGCCCCCGAGGACGCACUGCUGGGGGACGACAGGGAGGCCGAGGACUCGCCGCGGGGGCCUCGCAGCCCUGCCCGGGGCACCGACAAGGACUUCACCUGGAUCUCCUAGGCUGGGCCGGGCACUGGGCCGCCGCGGCCGCCCCCCGCCUGCGUGCGCCCCGCGCCCCCUUCACCUGCUCUCCCGCACCCCUCGAGGACACCCGGGGCUCAGA